CCACAGUUCCACCCCGCCUGCCCACCCACUCGCCACCCGGCUGCCGUCGAGGAAACAACCUGCAACCCGAAUCAGCCUGUGUGUCGCGUCAAAAACGCUUUUUCGACUAAAAUCCCCUGUCUUGUUAUAACUUGUUCCGGAUUACUUGAGGUUUGCGAUUACCGUUACUCUUCCGAAGCACAACGCGAGCUCUCUCAGUCUCUUCGCAUUCUCGUCCUUUGGUGCUUAAAGUGUCUUGUGCAUGUGUUUGCCUACAAGUGUUGGAUCGACGUUUCGUCGCAUAAAGAGGAUUCUUAAUCAUGAUCGUCGAUCUUGGAAGACUCAGCACUGAUCAGCGUCCAUAAACGCGGGUACGUGGAGUCGAAGGCUCCGUGGAGGAGGACGCGAAGGGCCCUAAAAUUGCCGCCCCUCCCGCCGAGGGUGGCAGGAUUUAGUUCGGGUCUUAAAUCCCUCAGAGCGUUUGUACUGACGGUGAAUAAAAGAAAAAUUCGGAGAGAUGGAAGGCAGCGGUGCCGGGAUCGGCAGGCUCGACUGCUACGAGGACAUGUUCAAGGAAAUAACAAGAAAAUUGUACGGCGACGAUCCGGAUCAUCGAACCUCGAGCGUACAGAACGAAUUCGAGACUUCAGUAUCGUACAAAACCGAAGACGAUACAGAUCAUGGUACCGAUGGGAGUGACGAUGGUAAUUGGACCUGCGAGGACGAGCCCUUAAAGGGAACAGACGGUAGCAGAAUAGCUGCUUAUCAUGCAGGAAAAACUACCUGGCGAUGUUACGAAUGUGGUGAUUGCAUGGGCGGCGGGCCGAGGGACGUUGCUGAGCACUUCGUGGAGCUCCAUUCGUCGCGAAUAAUCGGGGAGGAUUCUCGAGCGCGGAAUCAUCAUCAUCAUCACCAUUCGCCGCGAAAAGAUUAUCUACAGAGUGAUUUGAAAGUGGAGGAGGUUGUCUCGUAUUUAGAAAGGGUGCGAGACCGAGCGGAAAGAGGAGCGCCACCGUCGCGUCGUACACAGGAGACCCAAACGGUCCCGGCGGCUUUGCUACCUGUGACGACGACCUUUCUCAUUCAGGAACUACCGACAGUCAGCCCUACGGGGCAGCAACACUUGCAGCAGAACUCGGCGACGAUGACGACAACGACGGCAACAACGGUAAACAAUACGACAUCUAGCGGGAAACGAUACACGUGCCCGAAUUGUCCAUACGGGACUGACAGGCGCGACCUUUACACACGCCACGAGAACAUUCAUCGAGAAGAAAAACCGUUCCAUUGUUACGUCUGUUUCAAACCUUUCAAUCGGGCCGAUCAUGUGAAAAAACACUUUUUGCGAAUGCAUCGUGAACACGGUUACGAAUUAUCGAGAAUACGGCGAACGACCAACACCAGCGGAAGUGGCGCUGCUGUCCCCAAUCCCAAUUCAACCCCAGCACCAAAUACCAAUCAAAAAAAUAACUUACCAACCGACACUAACAGCGUUACCAAUCAAAACACUAAUUCCACGGCUGUAGCCCACAAUAAUUACGCUACGAGCUUCAACAAUAACAAAGCUUAUCAAAUUCAAACGGGACAAAACUCGAACGGCACCUCUGCUGCCAUCUACCAAGUUGCCAACUUACCCGUUCCAGGCAUCCCUCAAAAUGACCUCAAUUGCUCCACUGGUAAUAGGAGAAUACAGAACGGCGGUUGCAACAGUAAAAGUCAUGUCAAAGGCGGCACGAAAGGCGCGCAAGAACGCAGGUACACCUGUUGUUAUUGUUCCUGGAGUGGUGUGGAUAAUUGGUGCUUAAAGCGCCAUUUAAACACCCAUUUAAAACCAUUCGCAUGUGCACUGUGCGAGUACAAAGCGGCGAGAGCGGAGAGGCUCGCGACUCAUGUAUUCAAAGUUCACAACAAGAGACAGUGCUCGAGGUGCUCUUUCCUCGGCGAGGACGCAGCGCAAUUACAGGUACAUCAGUUGCACGUGCAUAGGGUUAGUACCGCCAGUGCGCCAGCUUCGACCACUCAACAAACACCGACUGCUAAUAAUCGACACCAGCAGCAGCAGCAGCAGCAACAGCAGCCAGUACACCCCUCUGGAGGAGGUCGACCGCCCCCAGGACCACCUGUAUUUCCGGCCUCUUCACCUACGAUUGCUCCGGCAACUUCGGUCAUACCCUCGACGACGAUACUUGGAAAAAUUGGCUUGAGCGAGACGAAGGCGAGUCUGCGUUACGACGAUUGGUUCGCCGAUGGUGAGCCGGUGUGGAUGUGCAACGAUCGAGAAUCGAAAAACUGCAGGAACGGCAGUUCGGGGAGAAGGUCAAGAAAGCAGAGUACACCGAGGAAAGUGUUGGUCGAAGACAACGACGAAAACGACGAGGAUGCGACGUGCUUGUUAACAACGACGAACAAUAAGAAAACACGCGUUCAGCCGAUGAAAGAUUCGCGUGAUAACGAUAAAAAUACCAAAGAUUAUUUGAAGUGUUAUCAGUGUCCAGAGAACGCGCCAGCUCGAGCACAAUCUUCGAAACCGUAUCACACUAAGGCGUCAUUGGCGCUGCACACGCUUUGGCGGCACCGUCGAGUGCGAAAAGCUCCGAAGGCUUUACCACUGGAUGUCGCUCGCUGCAAUGUCCAGCAGAACCUCGUCGGGGAAGUUCCGAGAUCCGCGAUCACCCUGAAAGCGACCGUUAUCACAACGAGCUCUUCCAAUUAUUGUUUCCAAAGAUAGCAAUUAAUUAUUGACAGCGCACAAUUUAUGAUCUGCCUCUUUUACAAAACCGUUUCGUAUUUCAUUCUUUUCCGAUUCUGAACAAAUGAGUGCAAUGUGUUGGGGCGGGAGGGUCGGAUUCGCAAAGUUCACCGAGAACAACGCAAUAAUCGAACCAUCGGAAUCGUUUUUUUUUUAAUUAUAAAAUUAAGCAAAGAGAUAUUGUGUUUACAAGUUGUUGGGCGUUAAGUUUAUUCAUUUUUCGGGCAUGUUAUCGGAAAAUAUAAUUGCCAUUGUCGUAUUUAAGUGUAAUAUUUGCGAUCGUUUAUUUCAAAAGUUCUAUCACUCUCAUGAGAUUCAACGAUGCGAGAAUAAUCGAAUAGCAUUUUUUUAUGGCUAAGACAUCGUCGCUUCUUUAUAUGACAAACAAUAAAUACUUGUCUCGCAUUCUGCGAGUACAAAAAGUUUGUUCGCAAUGCCAUGUGGAAAGGAACAAGAAGAAAAAACCAAAAAUACUUGAGUUUUCUCGUUAUGAGACAAUUUGUCGAGACGCGGUCAAAAUAGGAAAACGUGAGAUCGUAUCGGAGUUAUUCCGAAGAUAGGAAGGGGCAAGGGGGAAGAGAGGGGAGGGGCAACGACGACGAUGAUAAUGUCGUAAAAAUUUGUUAUAGUCUAUAAAACGUAAAAUUAAGAGAAAAAAUGAGGUGUCGUUUUUUUUUUCGUUUUAAUGUACGGUCUCCUGGCAGGAGUUAAACCGAGAGUUAUUGGAGAAAGAAGAUGCUGAGAGAGUGUCCCCGACGACGGAACGAGGAAUUGGCGCCACUGUUGCUCGGCGUGGAUGAAACUCCAAUGCGACAGGAAAACCAAGGGAAUUCAACCUAUUGAUGCUCUUUUUAUUCUCUCACUUGGCUCACAUUAUUCUCAUUCUUCUUCUUAUUCUUUUUCAAAGCACAAGGGACUCGUAAUAAUAAUGUUGCAAAGCUAAUUGUACGAUUUAAUACGAUAUAAAGUGAGAUAUAUGUGUUAUUUUCUCAGGAAUAUAAGGGAAGGACAUAAAUGUCGGAUAAGAGGUUUUUUUUUAUGUUGCUACAGUCGUUCGAGUUCGUAUCAGAUGGAAUUGAGCUCAUAAACUUACACGCAAUCUCAAAAUCCUCGAUAACGAUUCUUGGAUAUUUAGGCAAGAAAAUGGGAAACAAAAUGGCUGAUCGAUGAGUGGAGACUUCCACUUAUCAACGGUGAUGAUACAAAUGGGGAAGAAAAAUUUAACAAAAAAUUUCAUUACGAAAAUCGUUUCCUAAUAUUUUGGUGCGGUGAUUUUCAUGGAUUUGCCCAAUUUCGAAUGUGCACCGACUUUGCGAUAUUUGAAUUUGUGAUUUCGAGAUGCGGAGAGACUGUUGGAACAUUUUUUUUUUUUCAUUGAAAUUCAACGAUGGGCAACUGUUACAAAAAUGUGUGGAUAUCAGUUAUUAAAAUGUUACGGGUAUUUUUCGAUGAGAAAAAAAAUAGUAAAAUUUUGAGAAUUCCAAUAUUUCUUUGCAUUCAAAUAUACUAGACGUAUUUCUUCGUUGAUAAAAAGAUAUAAAUGAGCUGUGUACGAUUGUGAUUCAGUAACGACCUGAAUGUAAAUUCAUUAUUUAUCAAAUUCUCAUCGAUCCUUCGAUUUUUCCAAAUAGUUUUUUCUAUUGAAUCAGUUAGUUUUAUAAAAAGAAAUUGUCCUGCUGCACGAAAUAAGUCAAGUUCUUUAAACAUGUCAAUACGUAUAAUCAGUUUGAGGAAUAUUCAUCAGGGAAAUGAGAGAUGUUUGAAUUUAUUUAUUUUUUGUAUCUCAAAAUACUGUAUUCGCCUCGAGGUCUCGAAAAGAAUGAUCUAAUUCCGAAUUAUUUUCUAGAAAACGUUCAGGAAAAAUAAAACACAUUUUUAAAGGGAAGAGGAUGCAAUUUGGAAGCCUUCGAAUGUAAAAUUACCAAGGAAUACAAGAAAAUAGAAAAACGGCGUUAACCGCCAGUAGGCGAUUGAACGCGGCUCAAACGAGCUUUCCCAGUCAACAAUUAACGCGAACUGCUGAUUAUCGCCGAUUCGUAAAAUCACUUGACGAAACAAAGUCCCGACGAACUGAGAUUCGAGCACGUGAAAUCUGUGAAAAAAAUCGCCGAAUAAAUAUUGUUUCUGAGAAAAAGAACUCAUCCUACUUCCUUCAAAUUUAGUUACAUUCCACCAAGUGAUCCUUACGGAAUUAUGACCAUUUGUUUCGAAAACGGUAUUUUUUUUUUCCGAAAAAUGCCACGUUUGUCUUGCUCCCUAGGGUUCUUGAUGAUUUUCUGAAUGUUCUCGAAAUAUGUAAUCUGACGUUUAAAAAAAGUGUAACUUUUGGACCGAACGACUCCCAGAAAUGAAAUUUAACCCGGAUACUGCUUGUGCAGAGCCUGCCUGCUUCGGGCAGGUGUAGCAUCUUAAUUACCAUUGAUUUUUGAGGUUAAAGAAUUGCGAAAUAUUUCAUACAGUCUGUGAUGCCAUUCCACAAUGUCAACUUGGCGAAACAAGCAUCAUUUUUAUAUAAUGCUCUAUUUGUAUAAAAACUUAUAACCUUGUUUACGUUAUUAUGAUGAAAUAUAUAAUAUGUAUUAUAAA